AAGAAUAAUGGCACUAAUCACAGGAGUCGAAUCACACAGGUUUAUAAUGUUUGUAAGUGCCUGAUUUUAGUGACUAAAGAACAUGCAUGUAUUGGAAGUUCAUUAUAUAUUUUGACAAGUGGCCAGGCCCAUCGACUGGGAGUGGGGCAAAGGGAGUAACUUUCCCAGGGUCCAGCAAUUCUAAAGGGCCCAGUGCUUCUUGGUGUUGCCGCUGCUACUGUGCCAACAGUGGCACGUAGAGCCCUGAGCCCUUUAAACUGCCACUGGAGUGCCAUGUGGUGUGCUCCGGAUGGCUUGAAGGCCGGGGAAGGGUGUGGUGUGCCAAGAACUGGCAACCCCUGGCCCUGCCCUUUCAACCCAAAGCCACAUGCCUUUCUGGAGCAUGAAGCCCUACCACACACUUUUUGCCCAGGGACCUGGCAUGGCUGUCGGCUCCCUUGGAAGUGGCAUAUGGGUAUGCAGUUACAGACUGUAUAAAAUGCAUAUGCUCAAGGGGCAAAAUUAAGGUGGCAUAUUCAACCUAAACUUUAUCUACCUUUGAGUAUAUAACUGUUCAAGCUUCAGUGACAAUGCUUGCAUCAGUAGGGGCCACUCAGGGGAGUAACAGUCUGAACACUUAGCAGCUAAUCAGGCCAUGUUGCAAUUGAUGGAAGUUUUGUCAUUCACAGCAAUAGGAGCUAUAGCGGAGUCUUACUCCUUAGGUUUCUGGUUUUUCUUCAACAUGACUUCUCCUUAUUUUGGGAUAAAAAUAAAUAAAACGGUGAAGCUCAAAUUUUGAAUAUUGAUUAUCCAACCAAAGUUGGAUGUGAAAUUUUAAAUGUAUUGGGCAGAAUUAUAACUGGUCAACCUUUCUUGGUUGAAAACUCUUUUUGUUGAAAAAUGGCCUUUUCUUUAAAUGAACAUUUUCACAGGUUGAAUUUUUCUCAUUUUUUGAUUGAAAACCUGGAUUCCCUCCUCCCCCCAGAAAAUGGUGAAAAAGAAUGUUUUCUUUUGCGUAAAAAGAUUUCUAGCAUUUAGGAUUAAUGAUGAUCAGAACUGUUACGUACAAAAUGAAGGAUUCCCUCCCCACUUCUCCACACAGUGUAUUCUGUAUGGUGUAUGUGGAGAAAAGAGCUGUGUGGCUUGUUUGGGUUUGGGGAUUUGUUGGUGGGGGGGUUGUAUGUCGGGGGAGUUGUUCUGCCUUUCUCAGAAGCAUCAGGGACGGCCACAUUUGAAGACAGGAUAUUGAGUGGGUAGAUGGGCCAGGGCUUUGAGUUGGCACUGAGGAUUCCCUUUCCUUUGUAGUUGGCUGGCUGAUUCUUGCUCACAUGCUCAAGGUCUAUCUGUUGUCAUAUGUGGAGAUUGUGAAGGAAUUUCUCCCCAGGUUCGAUUGUAAGAGACCUUGUGUGGGGAUUGCCUUCCAUUUCUCUAUGCUGCAUAGGAGUUAUUUGCCAGGAUUAUUUGCAUAUAUAUUUCAAUUAAUAAUUCUCUGCCUUUGCAGGGGCCUUGGUACACCUCAAUUCCUUCCAUUCCCUCCCAGUGACAAAUAGUAGUCUAGUCUUCUGUAGGCAGUAAUACUUUGGUCUAAUUUAAGUUUCUGGGUUUGGUUGGAAAUGUUGGUGGCCUGUGAUAGGAAAUUAGACCAUAUGGUCUGGUGGUUCCUUGUGGCCUUAAAACUCUAUGACAUGAUUAAGGCUGAAGCAUUUGAGAUUAGUGUUGUCAUAGCUUUCAGUUUUUAUGCACUGAAAGCUGUCAUGAGUUAUAAUUUUCUACCUUAUUCAGCAACAUUUAUUUAACCAGACAUAUUUCUUUUUUAUAAGACACAAGAUGUUAGUGCUUAAGUUAGUCUCAGUUCCAGGUGGCUGAAAAUGAACAACAUCAAGUUAAAGAGAAGCAGAGAAAUGGUCAAUGCAUGGUUUGCUGAGAGAGUUCAUACCAUCCCGAUCUGCAAGGAAGGAACUAAAAACCACAGUGAAGAUUGCUCUUGUCCUGCUCAUCUGACUGCUCGAGCUGAGAGCCCCAACCCUGGGACACCAGCAAGGAAAAUCUCUGCUUCUGAAUUUGAUAGACCUUUAAGACCCAUCAUUGUCAAGGACGCUGUUGGAACUGUGAGUUUUCUCUCUGACUCUGGAAAAAAGGAGCAGAUGCCUCUGCAAUCUCCAAGGAUUGGGACUGAUGCAGGGGAUCAGUGCUCACGGCUCUUAGAACUAGUGAAAGAUAUUUCCAGCCACUUGGAUGUCACAGCCCUUUGCCACAAAAUUUUCCUGCACAUCCACGAGCUUAUAGCUGCUGAUCGUUAUUCCCUUUUCCUGGUCUGUGAGGAUAGCUCCAAUGAGAAGUUUCUUGUCAGCAGGCUCUUCGAUGUUGCAGAAGGCUCCACCUUGGAAGAAGCUUCAAACAACUGCAUUCGCUUGGAAUGGAACAAGGGGAUUGUGGGACAUGUAGCAGCUUUUGGCCAGCCUUUGAACAUCAAGAAUGCAUACGAGGAUCCCCGAUUCAAUGCAGAAGUUGACCAAAUCACAGGGUACAAGACACAGAGUAUUCUUUGUAUGCCAAUAAAGAACCACAGGGAAGAGGUUGUUGGCGUAGCUCAAGCUAUCAAUAAGAAAUCUGGAGUUGGUGGGAUAUUCACAGAGCAAGAUGAAAAGGAUUUUGCUGCUUAUUUGGCAUUUUGUGGAAUCGUUCUUCACAAUGCUCAGCUAUAUGAGACAUCACUGCUUGAAAACAGGCGUAACCAGGUGCUUCUUGAUCUUGCUAGCUUAAUUUUUGAAGAGCAACAAUCUUUGGAAGUAAUUUUGAAGAAGAUAGCUGCGACAAUAAUCUCUUUCAUGCAGGUGCAGAGAUGCACCAUUUUCAUAGUAGAUGAAGAUUGCACUGAAUCAUUUUCUAGCGUGUUUCACAUGGAGUUUGAGGAAUUAGAUGAUUCAGCUGAUGUCCUGAAGAGGGACUAUGAUGCAAACAAAAUAAAUUAUAUGUAUGCUCAAUAUGUCAAGAAUACCAUGGAGCCUCUUAACAUACCAGAUGUCUGCAAAGACAGAAGAUUUCCAUGGACAAAUGAAAAUGCAGAAAAUGUGAACCAGCACAUAAAAAGUUUGCUUUGUACACCAAUAAAAAAUGGGAAGAAGAAUAAAGUAAUAGGGGUUUGUCAGCUUGUAAAUAAGAUGGAAGAAAACUUAGGCAAAAUCAAGGCUUUCAACAGAAAUGACGAACAGUUUCUGGAAGCCUUUGUCAUCUUUUGUGGCUUGGGGAUUCAGAAUACACAGAUGUACGAAGCUGUGGAGAGAGCCAUGGCCAAGCAGAUGGUGACAUUAGAGGUCCUCUCAUAUCAUGCUUCAGCCACUGAGGAGGAAACAAGGGAGCUGCAGGUAACAGCGUCAGCUGUUGUGCCAUCAGCACAGUCUCUCAAGCUCACCGACUUCUACUUCAGCGACUUUGAGCUUUCUGAUAUGGAGACAACACUCUGUUCAAUUCGAAUGUUCACGGAUCUCAACCUGAUGCAGAAUUUCCAAAUGAAACAUGAGGUUCUUUGCAGAUGGAUUUUGAGUGUGAAGAAAAAUUAUCGAAAAAAUGUUGCAUAUCACAAUUGGAGACAUGCCUUUAACACAGCCCAAUGUAUGUUUGCUGCUUUAAAAUCGGGUAAACUUCAGAACAAGCUGACUGACUUAGAAAUACUUGCUUUGCUGAUAGCAGCCCUGAGCCAUGAUUUGGAUCACAGAGGAGUGAACAACUCUUAUAUACAGAGAAGUGAACAUCCAUUGGCUCAGCUCUAUUGCCACUCAAUCAUGGAGCAUCACCAUUUUGAUCAGUGCCUGAUGAUCCUGAAUACUCCGGGAAACCAGAUUCUCAGCAACCUUUCCAUAGAUGAAUAUAAGGUCACGCUGAAAAUGAUAAAGCAAGCCAUUCUUGCCACAGACUUAGCACUGUACAUUAAGAGAAGGGGAGAGUUUUUUGAACUUCUACGAAAGCAGCAAUUUAACUGGGAAGAUCCUCUGCAGAAGGAGCUAUUUUUAGCAAUGCUGAUGACUGCUUGUGAUUUGUCAGCAAUAACAAAGCCAUGGCCAAUUCAACAACGGAUAGCUGAACUUGUUGCUACAGAAUUUUUUGACCAAGGAGAUAAAGAAAGAAAGGAACUCAACAUAGAACCAAUAGAUUUAAUGAACAGAGAAAAGAAAAAUAAAAUUCCCAGCAUGCAGGUUGGAUUCAUAGAUGCCAUUUGUUUACAACUCUAUGAGGCCCUGACACAUGUAUCUGAAGCCUGCUACCCUCUUCUGGAUGGCUGUAGAAAGAAUAGGCAAAAAUGGCAGUCCUUAGCUGAACAACAGGAGAAGAAUCUGAUUAAUGGAGAAAGCAAUCAGCCCAAGCGGAACUGAGAUUCUGAUUUAGCAAAUAUAAUUUUGAGUUUACACGGAAGAUACAGUAAUGUGAGGAUACUACAUUUUGCUAUACACUGUAGGGAUUUAGAGUAUUAUUUGCCACUAUUGUAUUUAAAAACAUAUAUGUAUUUUCCCGGCGCAUAGCAUGACCAUUUUUAUUUGAUUGAUGUAUAAUGAAUGUAUACUUCUUAUAUUUCAUUUAGGUGAAGUAGAAAAUUAGAAUUGCAGAGUUUUCUCUGAUCAGUUCUACACAGAGGUACGAAUACAGUUACCAGACUGUCUUUGAAAGCAUUUUACUUUACAGGUGUACAUAGUUGUUUAGUAUUUGAUGAGUGGCCAGUACCUUAAAGAUUACCAUAUAUGGCACUUUGUCUGUUAUUUUUUGUUAUGUAACUGUAAGUAAUAAGCAAUGUUGUUUAUUCUUUUGCAAGAAGUCUGAAGGCAAAAAGGAGCUUGGGGGUUAAAAUUCACUCUAAAAGCCUAAUCAACAAUUGUUGUGAAGAAAAAACUCUCAUUGAAAUCUGGGAGAGCCUCAUUUAUAUGGGAAUGCAGGAUUGGGUCCCAGUUGACAAAAUACAGGGACUUGUGAGAUAUAAAAGCAAAAGACAUUGGUACAGUAUAAGAGUUUCUCAACAAAAUGGUCAUACCUUUUUGAGAAGUAUUUAAAAAAUACUGUGAAUUACUAGACAAUCAGGGACCUUAAGUGAGAUUUUCAGUGGAAGUGUCAAGAAAUUACACAGAGAUGGUGAAAGCUGCUCAAUGAGAUGGUAAGAUACCACAACUCACAGGCUGCGUCUAGACUGGCAUGAUUUUCCACAAAUGCUUUUAACGGAAAAGUUUUUCCGUUAAAAGCAUUUGUGGAAAAUCAUGCCAGUCUAGACGCAGCCUGUGAGUUGUGGUAUCUUACCAUCUCAUUGAG